GGUAUGAGGUGGGAGCUCAGCCCCAAAUCCGUGCAGUGUGUUUCACAGACACUGAAGGGGGAAGAGAGAGACUGCAUAUCCACACACACGCUGCAGGGACAAAUCACUUUCUCGGCCGCUGCCUCUGCCCCAGCCUCCUUGGAUCUACACACUGCAAAAGGCACAACAGAACCAGGUGGCUUUCAACUGUAUUCAGCUGCUGUGGGUGCAGGCAGACUUCCAGGACUGUCUUCCUCUAGCCCUUUCCCGGUUACAUCUGCGAAGGAGUAGCAUUUGGACUUGAGUGCAAAGCCAGGGCAGGUAUAGAGACAACUAGUUAAGAACAUGAGCCGAGACGACCCCACGGAUGGGUGAUUAGUGAAGCGCUCUGCCUGUUUGCCAACCGAUUCCUUCAGAGUAUUAAAGCCUCAGCUAACAAGGUAAUUCGGGCGAGUGCUCACCCCCGGUGCAUGCAGAAGCCGUUUGACUCUGAAAACAAGGUUGAUGUCCAGCUCUUCCUGAACUUGCACUUCUCAGAUCCCUUCAGUGUAAUGAGUUUCAUUGCUCGCCAUUUCAUCUCUUGGGAUUAGGUGUCUCUGAAGAAGACCAUAUUUCCUCUCUCACCAUGAAGUCGUUGACCUUCCUAAUCCUCUCGUUAUUGACUGGACUGUCUGAAGCCACUUUCCCAGAUGACAGCGGACCCCUCAGCACUGGGUCAGUGGACUACAUGAAGCACAGUGUAGUCUUUGUUGGAAAUGGACUCGGAGCAAGCCCUGGCCUCACAGAGAGGCUGGAUGUUCAACGGAUACUGAAAGUGAACAGGACCCUCUUCAUAGGUGGAAGGGAUCAUCUAUACAGUGUGGAUUUGGAUGCACCCGUGGCAGAUGAAAUGUUUUAUAACAAAAAACUGACAUGGCGAUCGAAUCAACAUGACAUUGAUAUCUGCAGAAUGAAAGGCAAAAAUGAGGCAGAAUGUCGGAACUUUAUCAAAGUACUUCUGAAGAGGAAUAACAGCGUGCUUUUCAUCUGUGGGACGAAUGCCUACAAUCCAGUGUGUGCAAAUUACACAAUGGACACCCUGGAGUCCCUUGGACCUAGUAUCAGCGGAAUGGCAAGAUGCCCUUAUGAUCCCAAACAGGCCAAUGUUGCACUCUUUGCUGAUAAUAAGCUUUUUACUGGAACAGUCACUGAUUUCCUAGCGAUUGAUGCCGUUAUCUACAGGAGCCUGGGAGGUAGUCCAACUCUCCGGACAGUCAAACAUGACUCCAAAUGGUUCAAAGAACCAUACUUUAUCCAUGCUGUGGAAUAUGGUCGUCAUGUUUUCUUCUUUUUCCGAGAAAUCGCUAUGGAAUUUAACUACCUGGAAAAGGUGGUUCUCUCCAGAGUUGCUCGGGUCUGCAAGAAUGACAUGGGAGGCUCCCAGCGAGUGCUAGAGAAGCAGUGGACAUCCUUCUUGAAAGCACGUUUGAACUGCUCGGUGCCAGGAGACUCACAUUUCUACUUCAAUGUCCUUCAGGCAGUUACUGACAUCAUCCGCAUUAAUGGGCACACCAUCGUACUCGCCAUAUUCUCCACUCCCUCCAAUAGCAUUCCUGGAUCUGCCAUCUGUGCCUUCGACAUGGAGCAGAUUUCCAGCAUUUUUGACGGACGUUUCAAGGAGCAGAAGUCCCCAGAGUCUAUCUGGACACCGGUUCCUGAGGAAUUGGUUCCAAAGCCAAGACCCGGCUGCUGUGCGGAACCAGGAACAAAAUACAACUCCUCUAAUGGAUUUCCGGAUGAGAUGUUGAACUUCGUGAAGACUCACCCACUGAUGGAUGAUACAGUUCCCUCAUUAAACCAUGGGCCAUGGAUUAUAAAGACAACCAUCAGGGAUCGACUGAACAAGAUUGUAGUGGAUACAGAGGCAGGCCCCUUUAAGAAUUACACUGUGGUAUUCCUAGGCUCUGAAACUGGGAUUAUUCUCAAAUUCCUCAUUCGACCAACUACAAGUACAAACUUUGUCAAUCGAAGCCUAUUCCUUGAACAUUUUGAUGCUUACAGCCCAGAGAAGUGCAAUAGCAAAGGACAUGAGCACCGGAAGAUUGUGGGAAUGGAGCUCGAUAAGAUCAGUGGAACACUGCUGGUGGCAUUUUCCUCUUGUGUCGUCCGUGUUGCAUUUGCCCAUUGUCAGCAACAUGCUGCCUGCAUGAAGAGCUGUGUUGGCACACGUGACCCCUACUGUGGCUGGGUUGGAGAUGGACAAUGCGCGUAUUUGGAACCAGGAACCAGCAUUCCAUUUGAACAAGAUGUUGAUCAUGGAAAUACAACACACCUGGGUGACUGCCAAGGCCUGAUACAUGAAAGUUUUGUCGAGGAGCCCAACGGUCUGGUUUCUGUCAACCUCCUGGUGAUCUCAGCCAUUGCUGCCUUUGUGAUCGGAGCUGUUAUCUCUGGGUUCAGCGUCUGUUGGUUCAUUGGCCACCGGGACAAAAAAGACACAGCAAGGAGGAAAGACAAGGAAACCAUCCUUUCUCACAGCGAGUCUGUGGUCAGUGUUACCAAGCUCGGUGGCAUGGUGGAACGUCGCUCCAGAGGGCAGCCGGAAACCCUGCUUGCUCCUCUCAUGCAGAAUGGCUGGUCGAAGAACUUGAUCAAAACCAGCCAGCAUCACCUUGAUUCCACAGUUCUCCCGACGCCGGAACAGACGCCACUGCAGCAGAAACGCAGUGCGGGCAUCAGAAGCUGCGAGUGGGAUCAGAACCUGAUUAAUGCAAGCCUGAGAGAUCAGUCGUGCGCAGGAUCACCAAUGAUCCUCGUUGACUCCACGCACCAAACAGUGCCCCAUCACGUUGGCAACAUGCGGGUCAUCCCAACUUCCCGCCAUUCCUUCCAUCGGGAUCAGGAGCUGGUGAGUGACAGUAAAGAUGUCAUGGACAACCAUUAUCUUACGCAUGGUAUGAGAGAACAGCUGGACAACCCAAGUUCUCACUAUAGGUCGUCCUUGGGUGGGAACGGAGGUAGCCAUGCUUUUGUGGAAUAUUCAGUAUCUCCUCAUAACAGCCCCAAGAGAAGAAGAGGUGCAUCCACGCCCGUAUUGCCGCAAGACUAUAUUGGGGAUGACCCAACUUGUUCCACACAGUGGAAUUACGAGAAAGCAAAUGCAUCCAUACCCUCACAGCACAUGAGGAGUCAAACAUUUAACAGAGGGGAAAGUUCAACAGCUCUGCAGAGAAAGGACCCAGUGACUGUGCACCACGUACAUCUCCAUCAGUCAGUCCAGUCCGUCACCGGGCAACCUGACCUCGCAAGCUUCAAAGCACCAAAAAAGUCAGGCGUUGAAAGGACACCUUCAGCAAAAUGAGAUACAUUCUGCUUUCCUAUUUCUUCAUUAAUCUUUGUGAAAAUGUGUGACAAAUAUUUAAAAGCAAAAGUUAACUACUAGAGGAAAACUGGGCAUGGAGACAACAGUCCUCCUUAAACAACAAAGACCUGUCCUCAAAAUAAUGGAUUUAUUUCCUUUGCAAAAAAAAUACAUGAGCUUCAGAAGGAUGUAGGGGAGAAAAUUACUGAGGAAUCUUACUGGAUUUCUCUUUACUGCUGCCUUUUCAGGAGCCAUAGUAAGAGAGAAAAGUUAUCCUGGAAUUUUAAUUAGCAAUUAUUCUUACAAUUUUUCACAGCAAGACUUUUAUUACUGCUAAUCUAAUAAAAUAAAAUCCAACUGCACAAGAUACUGGCUGUGCACUUCAGAAAAUCAUUAGACUCCCUUAUAUGAGUUUCUAAAGCUGAUUUACUGUUACUUUAUAUCAUUGCUGAAACCAAUUCAGCAUGAUCCUUUGUUUGGACAAGCUACAUUGGGCUUAAUUUCAGAUUUAUGCAGAUUAGAUUUACAGCAAUGCAUUCUUUCGGUAUCAGAAUCGUAGAUUGACACAGGCUAUGAGGACAAACAUACACACACCAACUCUUUGGCAGAACUUUUUAUUCAGACUCAUUUUCUUGCCUUUCCUUAAUCUCUCCAACACUUCUUCAAACUUCUUUUGAAACUUAUUUUGAAUCUGCUUCUGCCACCCUUUCAGACAGUGCAUUCAGAUCCAAGCAAUUUACUGCAUAAAUGAUUUCUUCCUCAAGUCACUUCUCAUUCUUUUGCCAAUUACCCCAUGUCCAAGUCAUCUGGUUACUGACCCUUCUGACAAAAGAAGACAAUUUCUCUGUUUUGGUUGUGAAGACCCCUCAUGAACAAAUCCCUUAACUUUUCUUCUUCCAGCUUCUUUGUGUCUCCAAUAACUGAAGUUCCUCAUUCUCAGCACCAUUCCAAUUAAACUCCUCAGCAGCUACUUGAAGGCCUUGACACCCUUCCUAAACUUUAACACCCAAAACUAACCACAAUGCUCCAUUUGCCCUGACUGAUUAAUCAUGAUUUCCAUCCUUUAGUGUGCUAUGUACAAAGCCAACGAUCCUGAGAGCAUUUUGAAAAACUUUCUUCACUUUUCCUGGCCAUCUUCAGAGAUUUGUGGAUAUAAACCCUUGGGGCUCUCUGAUCUUUAUAGUCCCUUUAAAAUGGUAAUUACAAGAUAAGAUUGUCAUAUUGCCUAUUCGCCUGCCCCAUGUAAUGCAGCUCACCAAUAUGAACAACCACCAAAUCUCAUAGGGUUGCAAUAGUGGUCUAGUGAGCAGACAUGGACAGAAUUCAAGUAAGCUGACGUCUUCCCCAAAUAUUAAUAGGAGACAUUUUCUCCAAAUCUCUUCUGCUGCCCUUUUCUCUUCUGAUAAAAGCAAUGAUACUGUGUCAUAUAUAACUGUAGUUCUCACAAAUUACCCAAUGAAUACUUGUCUAUUAAAGGACAGAAGGUGCUUCAGGUGAGUUUAAUUUUAUACUCAACCAGGAUUAGAUACAAUUCCAAGCAACAGUCACUGAAUGAUCAGCAAAAAUGGGAACAAAUAUUGACUGAUUUUGUCCUUGAACCCAGGGCUCUGAGAUUAAUUGUACCACUGUCCACAAGCCCCCUUAAGUUAAAUCACCAAUAUCAUUUACCAAGGAACACAUUAAAAUGAGCAUUAAGCUUGUCCAUGUCCAAUCACGUAAUUGAUUUAAAAAUAGUGUAACCCUCCAUCAGCCACCUUACAGAAAACACAAAUCUAAAUUGCAAAAAGGAAAACAUCAGUCAUUUUUUAACUUGAAAAGAAAGGCUGUGGAAAGCCAAAUCUGUCUGCAAUUCAACCAAAAAGACUACAAAGUAAUAAACUUUGAAUUUAUUAUGUAGACUUCAUGUCACAGAACCAGCUUCCCUAUCUCCUGGCAACUGUGGUGGUGUUACUGGCUAGAAAGUAUCAUCUGCAUCCUGGAACAGAGGCAGUGGGGCAACAUUUUACUUAAGUAUGGUGUGAUAUUAAAAUGAUGCUGAACACACAGAAAUAUUGUAGACAAAAUUUCCUUUCUCUUGGAUUCUGCCCAAGGUUAUCCAGUCUGCUUCCCUUUACCCUACCAAACAGACAUGAAACAAAAUCAUUUAUGCUAAUGUAUUUUUCAGGAAUACAUGAUACUUACUGGCAUUUUAUUUAAUUCUAUCCAAUAAGAUAAAAGAGCUAUCCAAAUUUAGCAUAAAUUUGAAGGAAAGCAAUGCUGAUGUUUCCAAAACUGUGUAGCCACAGCCCCUUAAAACACAGAAAGUACAGUGACUGGUAACAUUAUUUGUCAAUUCUUUUACUUAGUUUGGUUCAGAUUUGAACAAAAAUCAUAACAAAAAGUUCAAAAGGCAACUCUCCUCUUAAACACUGAAUGUGGGAAUGGAAAGCUUUGCAAACCCCACAUUCCAUUUCUUAUUAAAAUCUAACCAAGAGGAGCUCCUGGAAAGCAGCAGUAAGAGUCCUGACGUAGUUACUGUAGCAGAAUGCAAGCACAAACUUUUCACGGAGAAGAUGUCAUUUUAUAAAAUUUUAGAUAAAGUACAAUUUUAGAAGCACUGAUAAUUUUGAUGAUGGUGUAAUGGUUGAAUUUUGCAAUGACUGUGAAAGACUUUCUCAGUAUUCAUGUAUUUAUGAACUGCACAUUGUGUAAGGUAGGGUAUAUCUAGAAAUGUUAGGGGACUGAGGACACUUACUCUCAGUGCUGUCAUUGGAAAUUCAGCAGAGUACAAUGAAGGGCACAAGAAAUGUUCAUACCACGCCCAAAUGAACUGUGAAAAAACCCAGCCAUAUAAUUACGAUUCUGUCCCAUUGCACUCAGUCGCGUCUAGAAGAAGGGUUUUGACCAGUACAACACUAGUGGUUGCAGGUCAGUCACUGGCAGAAGCAGUGACAGAAGCAAUUUAAACUGAUGAAUAUAUUAUUGUGACACAAGUAGUCUAUUGGCACAAAUUUAAAAUGUCCUGGCUCAGGUACAAUUUUACCUGUAGCGCCUUGAUAUCAGUGACAACACUGCCUUGCUCUUUAUUCUAAGGCCAGUGUUAAUUCCACAGCUCCCCAUGUGGUAAUUUUCCAUUAGGGAAACUAGAACAAUGAUACGGACAAAAUGGCUGAUGAAUAAGCCAAAUUAUAAUAUGUUUCAAUUCAAUGGCCGUAGAGCAACCAAGACAUUGUGUUAGUGGUGCAAAAUCAGUCCAUGGAUAAAAUCAUCACUAAUGGGUGAGAGGCAGGAGCAUACCAUCAGAAUGUAUAUAUACCGCCAGCAGGCUGUUCUAUGAAAGAUGUGUCAUUCUUCCUGCUCCAUACUAUUUAUUUUCCAUUCAUUUCAGUCAGCAUUGUUUCCAGUUUGGUGGCAAUAGUCUGCAUCAGACUCAGUGUUUCUGCUUUAUACUCAGUCUGAAAAAUGUCCAGUAGCUUAAUUUUGGAAUUAAGUAACAACGAGUGGGCCGAGGAAUUACAACUAGUGGCAAUCAUAAUGAUUAUUUAAACUAUUUGAACUAUUUUGUAACAUCAUAAAGAAUUUUUUUUUCAUCAUACUGUGACUUAAAUAUCAAUAGUUCUAUUUAUAACUUUAUCUGUUAGGUCAAAAUUUAUUUUGCAGGUAACUUUCCAGAAAGAAGUUAAUCUUGAACUCUGAUGAGCCUACUGAAGGAUGUUUGAACGCUGGCCAGGCCUGGUCCCAUAUGCAAUUGAUCAUUAACAAUUAUACAAAAUGUGUGUGUUGCUUCUCCGCCAGCUUACUCAUUCCUUGCGUUGCAUGGUGCUGUGCAUGCCUUGUGUGGGUCUGUGCAAAAUUCUUUUGACAUGGGCUUAGAUUUGGGCAUGGAAUGUAGACAUACCCAAGCCAAACUGAACAAUCUGCCCCAACCUGCCAAGCAGGGCACUCUGGGCAUUGUUUCUGAGCUCGGCCAAGACUCUUAAGUCUGGAUACAAGACUUUGGGGGCCAGCCUUUCUCUUGUAAAUAGUAUAUCGUUUACCUCCAUUGCACUUGACAAAAAUUAACAUUCUAUGACAGAUUCAUGAUGGUCCUAAUUAAACAACUGGGAGCUUGAUUCUGUCAUUAGUCAGAGCUUACUUCAACCUAUUUGCUUAAUUAUAAUUGUUAGUGCAUGAUGUGCAAAGGAGAAUAAAUACAAUUUGCCUUAAGGCUGCCAAAUCAGUCUCCUUGGGCACCAGUUGGAUCCACAUCAUUACUGUUACAGGCCAUAUUAGACCUACCAUACACUUUGCUCAUUGGUUGGUCCACACAUGAUGUACGUUAGACCUGUUAAAAGAAAAUCCAGUUUGAUGCUCAAUGAUAUUGGCAUAAGUGAUGAACUUUACCAGCAAAUCUGAGAAGCGCUUGUUUUGGGAACUAGUUUGGUCUUCAAAGGAUGGAAAAUGCUGCUAGUUUGAAAGGAAAGCCCAUUAUUGGAAUAAUUUUUGGGCUGACAAGAUAUAAUAACCACACCUCCCUCUUAAAAAUAUUGGGAGGGGAGGUGAAUAAGGGGACUUCAGUAGUUUAGCACUUGAUUUCUAGCCAUAGAUCACAGGUGUGAGUUGCAGGAUAGCCUGUCACUUGCUCGUUUCUUGUUGAGGAGUGUCUUUCUAUGGCCAUUGCAUGCAGUGCCACUCAAAAGCAAGAUGUUGCAGUUUAGAAAGAAACAUGGAGGGUACUCUAUCAAACCGACUUCUUUUGAAACAGCUCUCUUUGCUGCUGCUCUCAGACUGUUAAUCGUGGUGGUUUUAGAGAUGCCCUUGGCUCAGAAUAUGGAGGAAGCUGGAUGGUGUUGAGAUCUUUGAAGGAAAAAAAUUCUCCCAGUUCUAAUGGGAAGCUCUGUGUGUGCGCGUUUGUGUGAGUGUGUUUGUGUGUCAGUGUGUUUUCUUGUUUUACAAAGGGACUGGAACAACAAUAUGUAAUUCAAUUUUUGCUUAUGGAGUAAAACCCCAUGAUAAUGAAACUUCUUUAUAAUGAAAUACCUUUGUUGUCAAAUCUACUCCUGAUCUGUUUGCAUUUUGUUGUCAUUCACAAGUAGCUAUAAGAGUGUUACAUUGUGUGCAAUAUACCAUCUAAAAAUCCAAUCUCUCUCUCUCUCUCUAUCUCUCUCCUUCCAUAUACAUAUAACAUUAAUACAAUAACACGUUAUAGCUCUGCACAUGAGUCACUCAUGACUAUACUAUUAAUUAGGAAAUUUAUUUUUUUUUAUUUGUUUUGCUGAUUGAAAAUGUACUAAGUUUAAAAACACAUCUCAUAGGGUUUCUGGGAAUAAACAGAACCUGCAGGGCCUCUAUUAUCUUCUGUUAACAAUGAGGAUGCUCUAUUAUCAUUUAGUUUCUUGUUGACAAGUACCCACAACACAAAACUACCUUCAAGUAAGAAUCCAGUUGGCACUAAAUUGGUAAUCUAUCAAUACUAGGCACAUUAUAGGAGGCCACAAUACCAAAUCAAUCACUGCAUUCAAGAAGGACUUAGAUAAACCAUUAUAGAAGAAAAUGAUGAAAGGGUGUGGGGUAAGAGCGGGGAAAUGGUACCUCAAGGUUACCAUUGGUGUAAUGACUGGUUGCUUCCUGUGCUACAAGUUUUACCUCGCCAGGAGGUGGUGAGAGGAAGAACCAGAAAAUGUCACAUUGGCUGCAGCUUCUGAGGAUGAAUCUCAGGCACAUAAUAUGUCUGUUAGAGAGAUCCUGCUCUGUAUCUGCCUAUACUGCAUCUAAUCAGAUGUCCUUGAUGCAGAUGAAUAUUCUUUACCCCAACGCUAAACGUCCCUCAACUCAUGAAAUCAAAAUUAUGAAAAAUGUACAUUUUUCAGAUUGCUCAGAUUUUGAAAGAAACUGAUUCUCAAAUGUUGAUCAUGGAAAUGAAAAAGAUUCCAGGUGAGACUUAGUUUACUUUUAAAGUUUGCAGGUAAUUGUUUUGCUUUAAGAUAACCAAGGAUAUAAUCAGAACAGAUCAAUUCUUCCUUCACAAUUCUAAGUGGGUAAAUACAUCAUUUAGUGUGGGGCUGAGUAACAAACCUAAGUUCUAAGAUGUAAACCCUAACCUAUUCUGUGCCUGCUGAUCUUGACCAGGGCAGUAACUGGAAGGCUGCAGUUCCUCUCAGUGCACUCAACAACAACAGAAAAGAGAAAAAAAUCAUCCUGAGCUCUUGUUCUUUGAACACAGCCUGGUGAAGCUGAUGGAGUGUGCUCAGGUGGCGAAUGGGAUGGAGCUCAGCUCCAUUUCCUUACGCACGUCAUCCCCAGGUUACGGCAGGGUUCCAUUCCUGUGAACUGUUCAUAACCCAAACAGAUCGCAAGUCGGAAAUGCGGCCGUGAGCCGAGUUCCCAUGUGGCAGAAGGUGCCUGCAGCUCCACAGCAGCCGGCAAAUCCAUCCCACCGAUCUCCCAAAUGCUCAUUCAUAUGUACGAGCUGUACAUAAAUCGGGCAUUUGUAAACUGGGGAGGACCUGUAUAGUGAAAGAGUCUGUGGAUCCUCAAGAUAACCAUGCCAACUGAGAUUCCACAGGCAUUUUGGUGGCCAUGUGAAUCUCACUAUGAGUCAGCCUGUUGAAAAUCCAAGAUACAUCCAAAAUAGCCCAUAACCAAGCAGCCUUCAACCUGUUUCAGGUAACCCAUUUUGCAAAUCUGCUGGAAGAUGGCAUCAGAUGAGCCUCGGGCAUUAAUGGAUCAAGUGAGAUCUGCCAUUUUACUAAUCCCAGGUAAACAUGUUUUAGGCACCACGCAGACAACCUUGAGUUGAAUUUCUCCCCAGUUCAAAAUUUCCAUUUUUGUUGAAUGUAUUUGAUAAAACAUACAACCACCAUUCUUUUGAAAUUUCCAGAGAGUAGAGAGAUUAAUGUACUUGAAAUUGGAACAGGCAUUGCAGACCAUGAGUGAAAAUGUAUCUAACUGUUUGAGUCAGAUAAGUACAACUGGACUGCGCUUCCCAUUACUGUCACUGCAUACUGACAGAAUAAUCAAUGAACAGUCAACCCUACUGAAUUGAUCAAAGUAAUUCUCACCGUCUUGAGAAUCAGGUAAAUCUCUAAUUAAAUCUUUGAGUUGGUGACUAACUGGCAUUCUCAGCUGCAAUGGUGCUAGGCGUUGUUUAAUCAUACUUUCAAGAAUGGAAUGCACUGCUUUUCAUUAUGAAUCUCAAUUUUUAGGCAUUUUAUUCUGAGUUAAUGAUUUUAAUGAGAGUUGUUUAGGACAUGGGCAAAAACGUUAGCACAAUAGAAUGAAACAAAUGGAGCACAGAAUGGAAAUGUCCAAUUGCCCUUUUCUAAAAGGGGCCACAGAGAUCUUGCAUGCACAAGGAUUUGUCUAUCCAUCUCAGCAACUUAGGGUUCUCGGUACUAGGCCGUGUCUCUUCUCCAAAUUAAUGUAUUGUGCAAAGGUCCACUUGUAUUUCUCCCCUAUUUGUAAAAGGCUGUCCCAGUCUCUCUUGACUUCUGAAACAGACAUGCACUGGCUUUUUUUUUCUAAAUAUUGUGUUCUCUUUCUGAAAUGUGAAUUUUAAAUGCUUAUAAAGGUCCUACAUAAUAAAAAAAAAUCUGAUGUUGUAAGUUUCUUUUACUUUUUGCUGUUCUGAUGAUACAAUAUAGUAAAAAUGUAACAUGGCAUUAAUACAGUGUUUCAGCACUGUCCUGUAUGAUACUCUGGGGUGUAUAACAAAUAGCUAUGCAAUUCGCAGUUUGUUUUCAAUCUUGUGUAACUUAAAAACAACACAACCCCAUCAAAGCCUGUGCUUUAUUCCUGGACAGUCUGUAUUUUGCUUAAUGUGUAUAGAAUAUAUACAGGAUUUUCAUCACUUUAUCGUGGGGUGUU